AGAGAGAGAGAGAGAGAGAGAGAGUUCAGAGUCGCUGCGGCUGUCUCUCCCACCCUCUCCUCUUCUUCCUCCCUCCCCCUUCCUCCUCCUCCUCUUUCCCUUCUCUCCUCCUCCUCUCCUCCUCCUCCCCCCGCUCGCUCACCUCCCUCUCCAAACGCUUGCGAAGGCCAGCGGCGGCAGUGUCGGCGGCGGCUUCUUGACUGGCCCCCCUCCCCUCGGCUCUGUCCCUCCCACUCCAGGCAUGAAUGCUGAGACGUGCGUCUCUUACUGCGACUCGCCCGCUGCCGCGAUGGACGCCUACUACAGCCCGGUCUCCUCGCAGAGCCGCGAGAGCUCGCCUUCUUUUCGGGCAUUUCCAGGGGCUGACAAGUUCAGCACAGCGUUCCUGGCUGCCAAGGGCCAGAGCUACGGAGAGGCCAAGUGCCGGGGCCGCUACACCCCUCAGCAGCCGCCGCCACAGCAGCAGCCGCAGCAGCAGCCUCCGCCGCCGCCACCGCAGCCCCAGCAGCAGGACACGGCUGCGCCCCUGGAGAGCGGCGCGGGCCAGGCGCAAAGCGGGGCCGGGCCGCGGGGCUCCUUCAGCAAGUAUCCGCCGCCCCAACCCCAGCCCCAGCCGCCGCCGCAUCUCUACCUGCAAAGGGGAUCUUGCAAAACACCACCGGACAGCAGCCUCAAGCUUCCGGAGGGCAGCGGCGGCCACAACGGGCCCCUACAGGUCUCCUGCUACGGCAAAGAAGGUUCCUUGGGAGAAACUGAGAUCGCACCAAACUCUGACCCAGUUGGGAUGGACAGCAACUACCUCGGCGUGAAAGAGGCUGGGGUGAAGGGCUCCCAGGACAGGGCUGGCACAGACCUGCCCAGUCCUAUGGAGAAGGCUGACUCAGAAAGCAAUAAGGGGAAGAAGCGACGGAACCGUACCACCUUCACCAGCUACCAGCUGGAAGAGCUAGAGAAGGUCUUCCAGAAGACCCACUACCCAGAUGUCUACGCCCGAGAGCAGCUGGCCAUGAGGACAGACCUCACCGAAGCUCGGGUGCAGGUCUGGUUCCAGAACCGACGGGCAAAAUGGAGAAAGAGAGAGAGGUUUGGGCAGAUACAACAGGUCCGCACCCACUUCUCCACAGCCUAUGAGCUGCCCCUCCUUACCAGAGCUGAGAACUAUGCCCAGAUCCAGAACCCAUCUUGGAUUGGUAACAAUGGAGCAGCUUCGCCUGUCCCAGCCUGCGUGGUCCCCUGUGAUCCAGUGCCCACCUGCAUGUCUCCCCACGCUCAUCCCCCUGGUGCCAGCGCUGGCGUCUCUGACUUCCUGAGUGUCUCUGGGGCCAGCAGCCAUGUGGGCCAGACACACAUGGGCAGCCUGUUUGGGGCCACAGGUCUCAGCCCUGGCCUCAACGGCUAUGAGCUCAACAGUGAACCUGACCGGAAGACCUCCAGCAUCGCAGCCCUGCGGAUGAAGGCCAAGGAGCACAGUGCUGCCAUUUCUUGGGCCACAUGACAGGGCCCCUCAAGCUUUCCCCCUACCCCCUUCCCCUGCCUCGGGGCAUUGGCCAAGCCCCUGGUCCCCAGGCCAGCUGCCGAUUUGACUUUCCUCAUUGCCCAAGGCCCUGGGAGCCAGGGUAGUUUCAGGAAGUUGGGAGAGCACUUUUAGCUGCCCAAGGUCUGAGCUGAUUGAGUCCUCAGGGACUUCCUGAUGGGCAAGGAAACAGGCCUGGCCACCCCUCACUCUGAGACUCUUGUCCCACUCGCUCUGGAUAAAAAGGCAGUAGAAAAAGUCCUAUCGUCAAGUCCUACAGCUUUUCGUCCAUUGGAAAUGGAGAACAUCUCUCCAUGGUCUGAGCCCCAGUCCCUUCCAACCAGAUUCCCGUCCAGACAGGACCUGACCCAGGUGUAGACACCAUCCCUCAUUGUGAUCCGUCUUGUCCCAAAGCACAAGUGCUUUUUUUUCUUCUAGAAUCUCCUAAUGGAAUGGCUAUCACACACCAAUGAGACAUUUCCCAUCCACCCCUCCACUUCCCCUUCUCGCCCUCCCUGAAACAACCCAAGUGUCUGCCUCUGAAACCCAGGGUUACCUGCCUCUCUCUGCUGCUGUCACAUUUGCCAAAGCCCAGAUCGGGUACUUGACUGAGACUCCCUUAAACUGGAUGCCCAUUGGGAAGGAGAGGCUGGUUGCCUUUGUAGGGGGAGGAGGGGCAGGGGAGAAGUCACAAGAAGAGUCAACCUUAGGAUUGAUGGGAUGCAGGUUGGGUCAGGAAGAUUAUGGUGGAGGGCUGAAGCAGACACCCAGGUAGACAUUCUCCCAUUUCUUUCUUCCUGUCCACGAGACUGGGUGCUAGCAAUGGAAGGGAGACAAAUUGGGAAAAGGGAAGACAAGACUCGGGACAGAUGGACAGAUGGACAGAAGGAGGAAUCUCCUUUAGGCUUGGAUGCCCCAUAUCACUGAAUCCAUAAGGAAAGGACCUUGGCAAGGAAGAACAAGCUAUUGGGUGUGGAGGGAGGCCCCAGAGCAGUCACUGGAACUGCUACCAAGACUACAAAGUCACAGAGGUGGGAGGCGAGCCCUGGAGAAGGCGAAGGGACAGGGAGAGGGAAUCUACAUCCUCUUCAUCUUCAUUUCCCAACUUGACUCAACCCACACAUUUAGGAGAUAGGAGGAGGUGGGGCAGAGUCUGAGAUUAGCUCUGAUCCUCAGUUACUUGAGGCAGCUAGGGCUAGAUCUCCUAGAGUCUCCUUAGAGACAACUCUUAGUCCACAAGGGAGACAUGCCAUGACUUUUCGGUGGGGAACUGGAAGGAAAACCUUGCACUCUCUUCCAAUUGGUGGGGAGGAGGUCCUUUGGAAUGGAACCUCCAGAAGCCAUCUGGUCCAUUCUCUACCUCCAGGCUGUGCUGCCCACCAACUAUCUCAGAGAAGUUCCAUUCUCUUUCCCUGUUGGCAUUCUUCUAGCAGCUCAUCACUUAUUCUGCCAGGGCAUUCAUUUGUCUAACCCCAAUACUAUCCACAAAAGUUGAAAUUCACAUCUUUUGGACCCCAGACAAAAUGGCAAAUUACCUUCAGAACAGCCCUUCCCAGACUUGAAGACCUUUCAGUGAAGUCCUCCUCAGCCUUCUCUUCUUUGAUAGAAAGAAACACUUAAUGCUUUAGCCUUUCCUUAGAGCUUCCAUAUGAGGAAUCUAGUGUUUCUGACUAAGAAAGUAGCUCCUGGCUCUUCCUUGCUCUCUAUAUGGUCCCACAUGUUCAAUGACUGGAUACUGUACAGGCUGAUGCCUGUACAUAAGGGACCCUUAUGAGAUAGAGAGGGUGACUGAUUAUUUCUAUGAAUGGCUUCUUUUCCUCUCGAGGGUUGGACAGAGAUACAGUAGAUGUAGAACAUUGUCCAGUUCCCCAAAGAAUGGCAGCUGUAGCUAUGGUCUCCUUCUUUAUGCUGGCUCCCCUAUGUUGAAUCCCAAACUCAUACUCCCAUAUUGGCAAGCCUGGAGUGGAGUCCAUACUAGCUGCUCUUGCCACAUUACAUUCAAGACAACAAACAUUUACUACCUAUUCAGUGUAUCCUGUAGCUUGGUAUCUACAGGACAUCAUUGUUCUAGAAACAGAAAAGGAUCUCAGAGGUCACCCAUUCUAACUCAUUCAUUUUUAUAGAUAAGAAAAUGGAGUCCCGGGGAGGCGAAGUUACUUGCCCACACAAUGCAAAGUAGAAAUUCUCAAAAGUUGGAUUUGAACUCACAUCCUCAGUAGUCUUUCCAACAGUAAGACUUGAUGGGGGAAUAAGUGUCACAGAGACUUGACUCAAGGAGCCAGUGAAUAUUGGGGUGACAUGAUACACAAUUACUAUACUACAAAGGAAAGUGAGAUCAGUGCAAAGGGGGAAUUCAGACAAAGGGAUAUAUUUGAGAAAAGAGUCAUCGUUUUCAUGAAUCAGAGGGGAGACUGAGGCAGAAAAGGCUUUCUGGAGCAUUUAGCAGCUAAGUUGGAUUUUGAAGGAAGAGACCUCAAUAGAUUGAAGUUAAGUUAUGAAGACAGGAAAAGGUCAGAAUGGACAGGGGAAGAGAGCAUAUUCCAUUUUGGCUGGAAUGUAGCAUAUGUAGAAGGGAAUAGUUUGAGAUAAAGGCUCUCAGGGGGAAGUCAAAUCCCUCUCACCCUUUUGAAUACUACCCUCUGCCUUUAUAUAUGCUGGACCACAGCCUCUCUCCUUGACUAGCCUCCUCAGGUGAGAGUCAGUCAGGAAUGGCAGAGGGGAGAUCAUUGUAGAUGGAGGCAAUUCUGACUCUGAUCUGACCCAGGGUUCAUUUCAUUGAAAAGUCUCAGGCAUGAUACUCACGAGGCAAUGUCUUUUCUCUGUUACCCUGCCAUCCCCAAAGCAAGGAUGGUACAUAAAGGUAGGCUGCUUUGAGGUUCAGGUCCCCAAAGAUAGGAUCAUAGAAGGCAUCCCAGAAGUCAACUGCAUCCUAUUUUACAGAUAAAGAUACUGAGGUCCAUGGAAAUUAAAGGACUUGACCAAAGACAUACAGGUAAUGAAUCAAAGGUGAGCUUAGAAACCAGGCUCUCUGACUCUAAGUCUAGCACUCAGGCUACAUGCAAAACUUAUCUGAACCCAGGUGAGAGGAGACAGAUGCCUCCUGAUCCACCCUCAAGGGGAAUGAAUGCCUGAGGAUCUGAAUGAAUGCCAGGGAAUCUGAGGCAGAGUGAGGUAAAGGCAAAACAGAGAUGGGUCCCCUAGUCCUGCCAUUUGUUGCUUCCUGUUUGGUGGUUACUCCCCAAGAAAUAAGUCAGAGAAUGAGAGUUGGAGAAGGGAAGAAGGAGCAAGAAUUGGUCUCGCUUUAAAAAGAGAGGCCCCUCAGUGGGUUGCAGCCUUAGAGCUGAUCUUUGCUGAAGUGAAAAGUGUGUCUCUUUGACCCUCUGGGAUUAACUGUUCUUGGACCUGAUCUUUGAGCAAUGGCCUGUUGGAGGAGCUUGGAAUAAUGCCACCUCUGGGCUUGAGUCGAUGAAAGUGAGUUACACCCUUUCUACUCUUCCUGCCCACCCCCACAUCCUCCUUUUGGAUCAGAAAGCAUUGGUGAUCAGGAAGGUAAUGGAGGGAUUUCCGUUUUGCUGUUAUCUCGGCAAAAUCAUAGAAUUUAGAGCUGGAGGAGCCUAAGGAAUUACCUGCUUCAAUUUCCUCAUUUUUAAGACAAGGAAAUGGAAUUUGAGAGAUGGAAAAUGACUUGCCCAAGACCACUCAACAAAUAAACAAUAUUGUUGGGUAUGACCCAAAGUCCUUUGCCCCCAAAUUGAGGGGAAGAUGUUUGAGGGGAAUGACAUCAGAAAUAUUCCCAGAAGAACUGACCAGGGAAAUUUCAGCAUCCAGAAAUUCAAGUAGAUUGAUUGAUUCAUGGGCUGGAAGACACCCCUUUGUAACCUAGAUUACACUUGGCAGCUCAAAAAAGAGCCUUUCUAUUCUUUCAAAAAUCCUCAAGCUACAAGUUUCACAGGCUAAUGCUGCAGCCCUUCUGAGUCUGGUAAGCUUUUUAUAGAAUUUAAUGGGUAAGGAAGAAUCCAUAUAGAAGACCAGAUGCCAAUGGCUAUAUGCUACAACUAGCAUUUGAGAAGACAGAAGUCUCUCCCUAAGCAUUGCUCAUCCAGUUCCCAUCUUCUCUACUUCCUUCACUCAGAGCCUUCUCCCUGAGAAGGUAGGUUUGGCCAUUGGAGUUCCACUUCUCUUCAGUGUCUGGGCUCUGGUCUUCUCCUUCCUAGGGCAAAAGGGAAGGGGAAGCUAGAAGAGUUUCUCAGCCAUCCCAUAUCUUGGAGCCCCUUUUCUUCUCUCCCAGCAGGGAUCAGAGAUAACUGAUGAAGAGAAGGCGAUUAAGACACUUUGCUUGAUAAUUGUUCUACUGGGAGGUUGUUGGCUCCAAGCUUAUCCCAGAGAAGGGCAUGAGGAAAAUGUAGAAAGCCACAACAUCCCUGCCAAAAUGCCUCUCCCAGGAAAAAGUAAAGAAUAAUGGCAGCAUUGAGUGAAAGGUUGUUGUGUUUCAUCUCUGCCUGGUGGGGCUCCCCUAGGACUAACCCCAUCUCAAUGUCCAAACCCACCAACAAUGAAAGCUGUCCCAAUACAGGACGUAUAUCCCAAUACUUUGAGAGGGAGCAAGUUCCCCAUCCAUCAAGGUGGAAGCUAGAGGGAUGCUGUAGAUAAGAUUCUUGUUCAGGUCUGAGUUGGCCUUGUAGAUCUAUCAGUCUGUCCCAAAUGUGAGAUUCUUGGAUUCUUGUGUUCCCCUUCUGGCUGGGCUGGGCAAGACACUGUAGCUGAAGACUUAAAAUUAAGGAGCUGCUGCCAUCUUUCUAUGGCCCAGCCAAGGGUGGGGGGACUGGAGAGCCAAGAAGGAAGGCAAUAAGAAGGUGGAUAGGUGGGAAGAACAGCAAAGCCUGAGUCUCACUGGCUUCCCAGGGACUACUGCUUUCACUUUGACUUUCUUCUGAGGGCUGAUAAACAUAGACCCAGGCUUCCAUGAUCCCUGGGAUCCAAGGUAUGGGGAGUACAGGUGUGGGAAGGCCAGGCAGAAAUUAAUGAUGAGGCAUGAGUCUAUCAAUAAUCUCCACACCUAACCUAUACAACUUCUACCUCUCUAUCCACCAUGACAAGGCAGUGGCUCCAUUUACUGACUGCCACCCUAUUGAGGCUUUGUAGUACAUCACCCCCACAAAGACAUGGCCACAGGAAUUGGGGGAAGAGGCUUGAAAAACUCCCUAAGAGACAACUCUGUUCACUAUUUGCUUGUCGUCUUCACAUUCCACAGUCAGAGCUACCAAAUCACCCCAACUUGGGGAUGAAGGUUUGGAAAAUGGGAAGGAUCUCCCUGACCAAUCAGUUUGGGGAUUCUAAAAAUGGGGAUAGUCCCUCCACUGGACAGAGCCCAAGUCCUCUAUGCUAUCUUAUCUUGUGCAAAUCUUAUCCAUCUCUUUCUUUGAGCCUUCCACAGAGGGUCUACCCAACUCCCUGGAGACCUUCCUUUGGUUCUUCUGAUGUUUUGUGACUGCCAGUUUAGCACUCAGUCCAUCUGUCCUUCACUCGCACUACCUGGCCUCACCAACCUCCUUUUUCUAUGUCAUCCCUGCCUCCAAGGCUAUCUUUUGCAUCACUUCCCACAUGCAAGUCAUUGUUAAUAACAUGUCGCAGUCCCUUACCUGUGAAACACCUUUCUAUUACCUUUUGAUCAUAGGAUUUGGAGUUGACAAUGAUCUCAGAGGUUAUCUAGUCCAUUUCCUUCAUUUUAAAGAUGAGGAUAAAAUAGAAGUGACUAAACAAACCAAGGUAGUUGGUAGCAAAAUUGGGGUUCAAAUCCCAUUCUGGAGGGUUGGUUCUGUAGAGGUCCAUUGUUCUUUCUUAGAUUCAUCACAGACAAUAAAAAAGGGGGAAAUCCUCAAGAACCUUUCCCUCCUCCCUCCAAUUCCUAUCAACAUCCACAAGUCCUCAUAGAGGAUGCUGUGGGGAAGACAAGCGUUUCCAAUGUACAGCGAGAGCUCUGUUGGCCAAACCAUUUCCUUGACCCAGCCCCAGCCCCUUCACGUACAUUUGUAGAAGCUAGGACUUUAUACUACUGAUUUUGAAGGACAGUUUUCAAUGUCUAAUAAUAUAUCUGUUUGGGUGUGCAGUGGUUGAAAGAAUUGGAGAGAAAAGGAACACAAACCUCAACCAGUACUAUCGUUCUCAUUGUAAGAUAUUUUAACCUUGUAUAAACGCAAACUUUUCUUUAGCUUAAUGGCCUGGGGUGGAAUAUUAAAGAAAUAAAUAUAUUAUAUAUAUUAAAAAUGUCUGUAAAAUACAUGGAAGAAGAAAAACAAGAAAAAUACUAAAAAAAAAACCAAACACCCAAGGUUGACUUCAUAAAGUUCUAUUGCCUUAUACCACCAUGUACUACAAGUUCAUUGCCGCAAAAUAUUAAGAAAAAAUGUUCUUGCCUUUGGUUUAUUUCAUUGAAAGUAAGUUAUUGCACUUACAUAAUUUGGGGAGGGAGGAACGCCUUGGAGAAGGGGCUUCGGGGUGUGUUCUGGGACAAAAUGGAGACCAGAAGCAGCUGGGCUUUCCCAGAGUCUCUCAUCACUGGACACUGGCCCAAAGGAUUCGCUUGGUUGUUCUUGUUGUUUGCAAUAAACUUCUCCUCUCUCCUCCCAA